GCGCAGUGAGGUCGUAGGAGUGAGCGCUCUGGCUUAAGACGAUUUUAGUUGUUUUUCAUUCUUUGCUCGUUUUGCUAUUAGUUUUAGUUAAAUAAUAGUGUUUUCUAUACUUUAUCCUUAGUGUUCGUCGCGUUAAUUGGUGUUAUUGUGUUUUAUUUUUCUAUUUCGUUUUUGUUUUAAAAGGGCAGCCUGUCCGUGAUGCGAACGCGUCGUAACCCACGGCGGGUUGAUCUUUAUAGUCACCCGGCUGGCACGCCGAAAGUCGGGCAUAAGUUAUCCAUGGAAAAUGUUCUAAGGCAUUUCUCAUCCAUGACCGAUCAUGGUUGCGAGUCCGACACGCAGUCGAACAACUCGCUCAACAUCGAUUCUAUUCCCACGCAUACACCGUCAACCGCGCCAACAACAUGGAAAUUGAAAACACAGUUACCGUUACAACACACAAUCGUUUCGCCGUGCUCGCUGCCUUCAAUAACAAGGACAUGCCCUCCUCGCCUGGCAACGCCAGCCAUCCAAACAAAAACAAACCGACACGCGUCGCGACGCAAACCGCGACACGAGACGGUUUGCAACAACCUCUCCGCGCCCUUCCUCGUAUAAUAUCCAACGAGAGUCAAUUUAAGGGCACAGACUCUUUCGAGGCCUCCUCCGAAUCGAUGUAAGCGCCAUUAUAAAAAAUCGGGCAAUUGUGAAAACAUGUAAUUGAUAAAUGUGACAUUUGAUGGUGUGACAUCUAACGUCAUUAUGCAGAAUAAGAAACGAAAGUGAGGUGGCGUAGUUGUCGAAUCACAUCAUUUGAGAGUUCUGUCGCGGUGUUGCCACAUCUGUGACAAUCCUGACCAUCUAGCAAAAUGAAUUCGCUCGAGCCGAGCGAGAUUUUGAUUCCAGGCGGACAUAGAAAAGGACAGCGCGAUAGAAAGAGGAGUAUCAUGAAUCAAACAACGUAGUAUCGAUCGGCGGAAAUACAUAUGUUCGAGUCACACGCCACGACAGAUUCGAUGAGACUGUAAUACACAUAAUGUACGCGACUAUAAAACUUAUACGA